CUCCCCUCUGGGUGUGAGAGUUUAGACUGCUUCAUCUCUUCCACAUGCACUGGCCUUCCCCAGACAAAGGCCCAGCUAUGGUCAUAGCAGGUACAUGAUCCAGCAUGGAAGUCAGAAAUGGAGAACCCUUCCAGUGUCCCACUGGGAACCAGCCCCAAGCCCUGGGAGAGAGGGCAGAAGGAAUGGAAACACCUAUCCAGGUGGUGCUUAGAGUCCGCCCCAUGAACCAGGCUGAGCUCCGUAGAGGGGAGCAAAGUGUUCUUCACUGUUCUGGCCCCAGGACUCUGCGGGUGAGUCCUCUAGGUGGUGGCCAGGAUGUAGCCUUUCACUUCAGCGUAGUAAUGGAUGGAGCCCGCACUCAGGACGAGGUGUUCCAGGGCAGCGGAGUCCAGCGUCUGGUGGAGCUUGCUCUCCGUGGUUUCUCCUGCACAGCCUUCACCUUUGGCCAGACAGGCUCUGGGAAGACCUAUACUCUGACAGGGCCUUCUCCCCAGGGAGAAGGGGAAACUGUGCCCCCCAGCCUAACGGGGCUCAUGCAGAGGUCCUUUGCCUGUCUCUUGGAUAAAGUCCAGAAUGUUGGGACCCCCAUCACUCUCAGCGCCUCUUACUUAGAAAUCUACAAUGAACAGGUGAGAGACCUGUUGAGUCAGAGGCCCCACCAUCACCUCCCUGUUCGCUGGAACAAGACCCGGGGCUUCUAUGUGGAGAAGCUGAAAGCAGUCAAAUUUGGCACAUUCGAGGAAGUGAUGGAGCUCCUGCUGGAAGGUCUGAGGAGACGUCGGAGUUCAGCUCACAGUCUGAAUGAGGUCUCCAGCCGUAGCCAUGCUCUAUUCACCAUCCAUAUUCAGUGCCCUGUUGGAUGCCCCAGCAGGCCCAAAGAGCAGACAUUUGGAAAGCUGUGCUUUGUAGAUCUGGCGGGCAGUGAGAAAGUAGCAGCCACAUGUUCUCGAGGAGAGCUGAUGCUGGAGGCCAGCAACAUCAACCGCAGCUUGCUAGCCCUAGGCCACUGCAUCUCUCUGCUACUGGACCCACGACAGAAGAAGAACCACAUCCCCUACAGGGAUAGCAAGCUGACCCGACUGCUGGCAGAUUCUCUGGGUGGCAGUGGAAUCACCCUCAUGGUGGCCUGUGUGUCCCCUUCAGCCCAAUCCCUCCCAGAAACACUCAAUACACUACGCUAUGCCAGUCGAGCUCAGAGGGUCACCACCCGGGCCAUGCCUAAGGAUCCCCUGGGUCCACAGCGUCUUGGCCUUGAGGAGGAGAUCCAGCAGCUCCGUCAGGAGAAUUUGAUGCUGAAACAGAUGCUGGAGCAGCCUCUGGGUCACAGGGCCUCCAGGAGAAAGGGGUCCCGGUCUGGCUGGGCUGAGAGAAGCCUCUAUGGGAUGCUACAGGAGUUCAUGCUAGAGAACCAACAGCUGAGAGAGGAAAAACAUCAGCUUCGGAGCAGCAGGGACUGUGCCCAGAAAGAGAAGCAAGUCUUGGUUCAACAGCUUAAUGAACUCAACAGGCGCCUCCUCUGCUCUGCCGGCCGCAGUGUCCGAUGCCCUCCUCAGCAUUUCUGCAGUCCCUCCCUGCUCUGCCCCUGCUCAGUAUCUCCAGGGCACUGCCAAACUCCGGCCUGCCAUCAGGUGCUGCCUCCCCUCUGUUCUUGUCACUGCAACCAACUCUGUCUCCUGUGCUAUGCCCCAUGCGCUGGUUCUCAGCUCCGUCAGGACCAGGCAAAUCAGAAGGAAAGCACUGCAGACCUUAAGCACUAUAUAAAUAGGAGAGAAGGCUCACUCCUUCCAGGAUAUCUGCCCUCCCAGAUUUUUUCAGAGCUGCCUCCACUGCAUGUAUUUGGUGCCCAAACCAAGACCCCAUGGAAGAUGGAGGUUUCCAGCCCUCAGGUCCAGACCCAAACCAUUGCCCCACCACCAGGCCCUAACCUCAAGGAGCACCCUGUGAAAAGGAAAAGCAGUGAAUGGGCCUGGGCUCACUUCUUGGCAGAGACGUUGGCAAAAGAGGAAACCUCUGGAAGAGCAAGCCAAGUCAUGCCCUCAGCACCACCUCUACCCCAGGGUCCCUGCAGCACACCUUGGAGGCCAGGAGGGGUCCCAAGUGCAUCCCGGAUGUUGGAGGAAGAACUGGAGGUGCUGAGGGACCAGAUCGACUGUACCCUGCACUUGGGCCAAGGAAAGCCACCGUCUUCCCAGGAGAAACAUUUUGGCUCCGGACAACACCUUCCACCCUGCUGAGCCGUGCCUAUCCUGUUUGCUGCACCCAGGAGCAGUGUUCCAAGUGAUGAAUGAGUGGUUGUGUGGGUUAGGUUAGGACUGGAGGAGGGAGCAGGGUGAUUGGGGAGGGGAGAGGCCAUGAUAGUCCAAGGUCAGAGAAAGAGUAGUCUGAUACUUGGAACUGCAUCCCUGGCCUCAAAGAGGGCUCCCGCAAACAUUUAUCUUAGGAGCUCCCACUGGAGGCAGAGGCCAGGCUACCUUUUGUUUUUCAUCCUCCAAGUCUGAAAUAAUCAGGCUUCAAGAAAGUAAAAAUGCUAAUAAAGA